UAAUUGGGCCUGCAGCGCCUCCAUACUCGUGCCGUUACCGUGUUGAAAUUGUCUAGAUCCUCCGCUUCCCUCCAUUUGUGUUUCUCUCCUCCGAUUCCUUCGGUGAUGUCCUUUUGAGGUCGCGCAUGGCGGCGGCGCUCGAGUGUUGGUCCGGGCGGCCGAGCACGGACGAUGACGCCGUCGAGCUGGUUCUGAUGCACACGCACGACCGCUCCGAGGAAGUCCACUGCUUCGCCACUGCCUCCUCUGCCUGCAACUCCUCCACCUCGACUUCCUCCUCUUCCUCUCCGUCUCCCCUUUCCGCUCCCCUCCCUACCCCAAACAAAAAGUGGCAGCGCAUCGGCCGCAACAUCGCUGGCGCCAUCGCUGCCCUCCGAAGCUCCCUAAAUCCCAACCCCUCCCGCGAACCCUCGCCAUUCGACCGCGGCAUCGGCCGCUUCCGGAACGCGGGUGCCCAACCGCAGGACAAGCUCGUCGCCAGCGUUCGCCGCCACUUCGAAUCACUGCCCAAUAGCUACGGUCAAGCAGGAUUUGACCUCAAAGAUGUGCUCUUGCACAUGAAAUUAAUGGAGCAGGCGUCGACCGAUGACCUCCCCGCAGUCCACAUUCAACAGAUCCACGACGAUGGAGUAGCCAAGGAAUCGGUUUUCCUUCUCGCAUUCGCUUGCAGCUCGCCAGUGUCGUGGCCGGCUAUGUCGGCAGCGCUCAGUAGCUCUUCGAUCCGCUGCAAGAAGAUCCAGAUGUUCGAGAAGAACGGCUUCACGCUCGGGGUCGUCACGGUGCUGGUUCAGCGGGGAAGCGAAAGCCCCUUCAAGGCUCUGAUCGAGACCUCCUUGAAGGCGGCCAUCAAAAAGCCUAAGAACAACAGCAUGAAGCUCUCACUCCGUCUGUGCGGUUGUCAAGAAGAAAGCUCAAGGGGCAUCGACGAAGACGCCCAAUUUGGCGCGAAAGACGGGCAACGACCCGACGCAGAGCGACUCCACCGGGCGCCGCUGCCGAACCCGCUCCCAAUGUCGUCGGUCGUCAUCUCGAUCGACGAGUGGCAGAGCAUCCGAUCCGGCGGCGACGACAUGGGGAGAUGGGUGCUGAGCUCUGACGAGGUCGAGCUCGUCGAGAGGACGGGGCCUAAUUCGUUCGAGGGAGUUUACAGGGGGCGGAGAGUGUGGAUAAAGCAGCAGAGAGGCUGCGAGAGGGGAAGUUCCUAUGACAUCGAGGUGAGGCAGGACCUGCUGCAGCUAAUGAGCUGCGGCCACAGGAACAUCCUCCAAUUCCAUGGCAUUUUCUUCGAAGAAGACCAGGGGCUGUGCGUGAUGACCAGGAUGAUGGAUUCUGGCUCCCUGCACGAUAUCAUCCACAAAAACAGGAAACUGCCGAUCGAGGAGGUGACGCGGAUCGCAUUGGACGUGGCCGAAGGGCUCAUGUUCAUGAACAAUCACGGAGUGGCUUACAGAGAUCUCAACGCACGCAGGAUUCUGCUGGACAAGCAGAGAAACGCUUGCCUGGGUGACAUGGGAAUAGUUGCCUACUGCAAAAAUGUGGGAGAGGUGACCGAAUAUGAGAUGGCUGGCUAUCGAUGGCUAGCACCUGAGGUCAGUUUAAUUUCUUCACUGUUUGUUGCUAAUUUGAUUGCCUCAACUUCUGCCCUCGAAUUACUGCAGAUAAUUGGUGGAGAUCCUGAGAUUGAAACGGAGACCUGGAUGAGCAAUGUGUAUAGCUUCGGCAUGGUGCUCUGGGAGAUGGUGUCUGGGGAAGUUCCAUACGCUUGUUAUUCACCGGUCCAAGUAGCAGUUGGAAUCGCUACGUGCGGGUUGAGACCUGAAGUGCCUGAAGAGUGCCCGCAGGUUCUGAGGUCGCUGAUGCACAGGUGCUGGAAUGAUAGCCCAGCAAAGCGACCUCAGUUUGCAGAAAUCAUCUCGAUUCUUAAUGGGCAAAAUGCUUAAUUAAUUCUGGGGUUUCCUUUCUUUUGUUUUUUUUGGUCUUUGCUAUGUUCUACUACUAGAGCAAUCAGGAGAAGUAAUCUUGUAGUGAAUCAAAAUAAGCAACAAGGCGUAUAUGAACCUUCUUGGGCAUCACAAGAAUGCAAUAGUCAGUUCAUAUUAUUAUUAUUUGUUUACAAUUAAAAAGUUAUGAUCUUAGUUAAAAUA